AUGGAGUUGGCUAACGGGCCCGCCGAGCCGACUUUCCUGGCUCGCUUCAAAGAAAGGGUCGGUUACAGGGAAGGACCCACUGUUGAGACCAAGAGAAUCCAGCCUCAGCUCCCAGAUGAAGAUGGUGAUCACAGCGACAAGGAAGAUGAACAACCUCAAGUGGUGGUUUUGAAAAAGGGAGACCUAUCAGCUGAAGAAGUCAUGAAAAUUAAAGCAGAGAUAAAGGCUGCCAAAGCAGAUGAAGAACCAGCUCCAGCUGAUGGAAGAAUCAUGUAUCGAAAACCAGUCAAGCGUCCCUCAGAUGAAAAAUAUUCAGGUUUAACAGCAAGCUCAAAAAAGAAAAUGGCAAAUGAAGAUGAAAUAAAUAAGGACUCAGUUAAAAAGAACUCACAAAAGCAAAUAAAAAACAAUAGCCUCCUUUCUUUUGAUAAUGAAGAUGAAAAUGAAUAAGCAUACACAUUUUGGACUUAGUCUCCUUGGGGAGUAUAAGGGGUAUUUUUUUUAAUAACUUUUUUUUCCUAUUUUAAAGAUAAUACAAGUUCAUUAUAGGAGAUUUAGAAAAUACAGAAAAAAAUUUAAUAAGAUAAAAACUAUGUCCAGCUUUCAAUACCCCUCUGACUUGAAAUGCUAACAGUAUAAAAGUUAACUACCAUUAAUAUUUUAUUUCUCAUAUGUGUGAGUGUGCCCCUGUAAAUUAUAUAUU